UCAUUAUCUGGGCGAGAAACAAAAACAAAAGUCGGGCACUUGACUUGAUAAGGAAAUCUGAAUCGCGCACUAUGAGGCCUCGUCGAAACAAUAACAAUUCCAGCGGCAGUAGCGAAAUGGAUAAGUCGAUCCGCCAGUUCGGAGUAACAGCGUCCAGAAGACAGUGAUCGUCGAAGUGUGCGCUGGGAAAGAUGUCGGGGUCUCCAGAAAAAGCAACCAAGUCGGAAGAGCCGCCCAAAAAUUUGGGAUCAUCGAAGGACACAGGAUCGGGAUUACCUGUUUACAUCCUCGCUCUGGAUGUAGGCACCACCUGCGUGAGGAGCUUCGUUUUAGAUGAUCGGUGUGUUGUGAGGGGAUCGGCGGUGGAUGCAGUAGAGCUACUGAACCCUCAGCCCGGCUAUUUUGAAAUCGAACCGGAGAUCUUGUGGCGCAAAAUUGUGAACGUUAUAACGCUGGCGGUAAAGGAUGCCCAGCUUUCGCCCUCGGACAUCUCGUGCCUGACCAUUUCCACUCAGCGCUGCACUUUUCUAACCUGGAAUCACCGAACUGGCGAGUACUACCACAACUUUGUUACCUGGAAAGACCUGCGCGCCGAUAAGCUGGUGAACGAAUGGAACACUAGUUGGACGAAGAGCUCCAUGAACUGGGUCUCGUACGCCUUGUUUCUGCUCACACGCCAGUCGCGAUUCCUUGCCGGAAGUGUCCUUAAACUGAUGAAUGGCCAGGUCACCCCACGCCUUCUCUUCGAGGUAAUGCACAAUAAGAAACUGCGCCAGGCUUUGGUCCAAAAAAAGGCACGUGUGGAGCUGCUGGACUCGUGGAUCCUGCACAAACUGAGAACAGGGAACAGCAGGGACAAAGAUGUGGAGCACAUAACCGAUGUUACCUCAAGUACAGCGACGGGAUUAUACGACCCCUUCACGCUCAGUUGGUCGCCGCUAAUAAGCUGGCUCUUUGGCAUCAAUUCGAAAAUUCUGCCACGAGUGGUGGACAACGGUUACAAGGGUUUCGGGAACGUGCAUCCCACUGCCUUGGGUCCGGAUUGGGCCAAUACGAACAUCCCCAUUGCUGCCUCUCUGAGUGACCAAACGGCCGCCAUGUGGGGCUCUCAGUGCUUCAAAAAGAAUGACGUUAAGGUCACCAUGGGCACUGGAGCCUUCUUAAAUCUGAUCACGGGCGAUCGAUGUCGUGCAGCGAUCUCUGGCAUGUACCCACUGGUUGCCUGGCAGCUAAAGAACCCAGGCAACAACCAGGGAGCCAUCUACUGUAUCGAGGGAGCGUCCCAUGACUUCGGCACCGUGGUCUCGUGGGCGCAAUCCUGCGAACUCUUCGAGAAUCCAGCGGACACAUCGGAUAUUGCAGAAUCCGUCACGGACACAAAUGGUGUGUUCUUCAUGCCCGCCUUCAGUGGCCUGGGGCCCCCGGUAAACGACUAUCGGUCAGCAAGCGGCUUCAUUGGCCUUAGUCCGUCCACCAGCAAGGCACACAUGGUGCGCGCCCUGCUCGAGAGUAUAGUCUUUCGUCUGGUGCAACUGAUCGAGGCCGCUGAAAAGGAAACCUCGCAGAAGCUUCAGAUGAUUAGAGUUGAUGGCGGCGUCUCCCGCAACGACUUUGUCUGCCAAUUUCUGGCCGAUCUCAGCGGGCUGAAUGUGGAGCGGGCCCAGAACACGGAAAGCAGCAUUAUGGGCGCCACGUUCAUGGCGGGCAUUAACCACGGCAUCUGGAACAGUGUAGAGGAUCUUAAGUGUUUCCGAAUAGUGGAGCGGGUCUUUCAACCGCGGCCCAAGGAGUUUGACUCAAUAUCAAGCAGGAUGGAAAAGUGGGUGCAAACAAUCGACCGCUUUAGUGACUGGUACUAG